AAACAACCGAAAUGGCAGCUCAAACGUUUCAACAAGAGUACUUGCAAAUGCCCCCAAUUACACGGGCUUAUACAACAGCAUGUGUAUUAACAACUGUAGCAGUUCAACUUGAUGUUAUAACUCCAUUUCAAAUCUACUUUAAUCCAGAUUUGAUAUUUAGACAAUAUCAGAUAUGGAGACUUGUUACAAACUUUCUGUAUUUUGGACCAAUUGGUUUUAACUUUUUAUUCAACAUUAUAUUUGCAUAUCGUUAUUGUCGUAUGUUAGAAGAAGGUUCAUUCCGUGGUCGAACUGCUGAUUUUGUGUUUAUGUUUUUAUUUGGUGGAGUAUUUAUGAUUCUUGUUGGUCUAGUCAUUAAUUUAGUAUUUUUAGGUAGUGUUUUUACGAUAAUGUUGGUGUAUGUAUGGAGUCGAAGAAAUCCUUAUAUAAGAAUGAAUUUUUUUGGUUUAAUGAACUUUCAAGCGCCCUAUUUACCUUGGGUGUUAUUGGGGUUCUCUUUGUUAUUAGGAAAUUCAGUUAUCAUAGAUUUAAUGGGUAUAGCAAUAGGUCAUAUAUAUUAUUUCUUAGAAGAUGUUUUUCCACAACAACCAAAUGGUUUUAAAAUUUUAAAGACUCCACAAUUUUUAAAAUAUAUAUUUGAUGCAGCUCCAGAAGAUCCAAAUUAUAAUCCAUUACCAGAAGAAAGACCAGGAGGUUUUAAUUGGGGUCAAGGACAGCAAGCAGGCCGAGGUCAAGAUGAAAAUGAACAACCACAGUGACAAGUGUUACUGGAAUGUGUGAAACAAUUUGAAAGUGGAUGCAGAUAUUAGAGACAUUUCCUUGUGGAAUGAGCUUCAAUCAGCAGUUUUACCAGAGAAAUGACAAUGUUUCUGUUUGUUAACUUUUUUUUUGUAUGAAAGUAAUAUGUAUGAAUGAUUGAAUCAAUAACUUACAUUUGAACACAUUUGUUAAUUAUUAUUCUAGAUCGGUCAAAAUAGUGACAGAACUAUUGGACAUCAUUUUCAUACAGUGUCUUUUUUGGUAAGGGCUGUCAAGUGUUAAAAGAUUGCUUUCCAGGCAAUGUGACGUAUGCCCACUGGCAGCUUUUGGCUAUAACUAGAAAAGUCUUAAGACUCUAACCUUUUUGCUGUCUUCUCUGCAUCUGUUCUAAAUAAACUUGUCAAUGCAUUUACAGUUCAAAAAUUUAAAGGGACUGGUAAGCCAUUUUUGGCUAAGCCAAUCAGUCAUAGUUAGCCUUCAAAUCCAUGUGUUAAUGGCGAUUAAAUGUUAAAAUGACGACUUGUCAAUUUAAGAUUAUCUCUGAUAUAUAGAAAAGACAUAUAUAGAAAUAGUGAGUAAAAUUCCUAGUUUGAGAUAUUGGCAUUAUGUGAUUUUCAUACAUUUCUAGUACCUCUGAAGAUUAUUUACAUAUAUUCAAGAUUCAAAAAUCAACCCCCUAAAAUGGUGCUCCUGUCCCUUUAAGACAAAAAAUGUGUUAUGUAAAAUAAAUUAUGACAUAAAAUGAAAUGAAAUAAAUUGAGUUAUAAGCCU